AUGGACUGUGGAAAUUCCGACGACGGUACCGGCGGUACAGAGGCCGCUGUAACUUCAAACUCAACAGAUCGCCGUGGUGACGGCUUCAGCCCCUCCGACCCCACAGAACAGCAGGGUCACAAGCAGACAGCCGCUGCCGAUUCCCAGCCAGCAGAGCCGAUGGAGUCAGCGCCGAGUGCCGCAGCAGCCACUAACAGCCACCAACAGCCGAUGGUAUUUCAUGGCGACUGGGCGGACGACUCCCCUACCGCUGCAGCAGCAGGCAGCCUCUCCCUGGGGCAGCCCACGCCGCUGCCGCCACAGACCACGCCAUUGUCCCCUGACCUCUGGUGGCGCAGCCGCGGUGGCCGUGAGCCAGCCGCGACGCCAUUCAUCAAGCUGCCACUCUUCCCCGCGCCUCCGGAAACCUCGUGCGCUCCAGCGCUGCGCUCACUUCAGCUCUACAAGUCAACGGCCACUAGGCUGGGCGCCGGCGGGAGCUUGGUGCCGGUGUUCGCCGGCCAGGCAGGCAGCGCCGUUGGUUGGGCGCGGCGUCCCAGGUGCGGCGGUCUCGUCUCGGCACAGCCGGGACACCUGCUGCCGCUGCCGCCGGUGGUGCCCGUUGCAAACCGGUUGUCCGCCGGCCGCACCUCGCUGGACAUAAACGGAGCCGCCACCACCGCCACCCCCACCACCACCCCGCCACCUGUCCUGUCCCCCGCACAGUCGCGCCGUGGAAUGCAGCCGCGGGAACAACCGCCGCCGCUAUUUCUCAUCCGCGCUGUCAGGGUGAGGCAGUUUGCAGAAGCUGGGAAGCCGUCGACCACCUGCCUGAAAAGCCGCCACAGCACCGGCGCGGGACGAGCAGCAGGGGAGCCGACAAAGAGGCGGGAGGCGGCGUUGCUAGGCGACGCGCGACCGCCGCCGCCGCAGCGGCAGGUAAUCAAUAGCGGCGCACCGCCGCUCAGCGCCGCGGCGGACGGGCGGCGCGGCGGGCGAGCUGUGCACGCCGGGAGGCCCACGUGGCGCGGCUGUGUGUACAGCGUGCAGGCUAGGCGUCGGGCCGGCGCGCCCCCUGGCCUGGGCGGAGUACGCUAUACGGCGCGUCCCGGACUCAUCCGCUAUUCAGCGCGCGCGCCUCGCGGCGGACAGGGCAAUGCUUUUAGCCCUCCGCCCUGCGUCACACAGGGCUGGCUGGGCGGCGGCGUGCGUGCGGUGUCGCCAGCACACGGCUGCCCCGGGGGACACGAGGCUCCGGCCGAAGAACAAGGGCUACGCCACGGAGCAGCUGCCCUCUUGGACGGCAGCCCACUCGAGGACCUCAGGAGGCCGCUGUUCCCGAGGACACUCGCCGUGCGGUGGCACCUCCACAUUCCUGGGCCCGUCAGCGGCGCACCUGCAUCCACACUUGGCACUCAGCUGCCGCCCGGGUGUAAACGACACGCCAGAGAGAAAAGUCGAAAUCACCUUGGGAAGAGUGGACAGGUUGGAAAGAGUGGACAGGUUGGAAAGAGUGGACAGGUUGGAAAGAGUGGACAGGUUGGAAAGAGUGGACAGGUUGGAAAGAGUGGACAGGUUGGAAAGAGUGGACAGGUUGGAAAGAGUGGACAGGUUGGAAAGAGUGGACAGGUUGGAAAGAGUGGACAGGUUGGAAAGAGUGGACAGGUUGGAAAGAGUGGACAGGUUGGAAAGAGUGGACAGGUUGGAAAGAGUGGACAGGUUGGAAAGAGUGGACAGGUUGGAAAGAGUGGACAGGUUGGAAAGAGUGGACAGGUUGGAAAGAGUGGACAGGUUGGAAAGAGUGGACAGGUUGGAAAGAGUGGACAGGUUGGAAAGAGUGGACAGGUUGGAAAGAGUGGACAGGUUGGAAAGAGUGGACAGGUUGGAAAGAGUGGACAGGUUGGAAAGAGUGGACAGGUUGGAAAGAGUGGACAGGUUGGAAAGAGUGGACAGGUUGGAAAGAGUGGACAGGUUGGAAAGAGUGGACAGGUUGGAAAGAGUGGACAGGUUGGAAAGAGUGGACAGGUUGGAAAGAGUGGACAGGUUGGAAAGAGUGGACAGGUUGGAAAGAGUGGACAGGUUGGAAAGAGUGGACAGGUUGGAAAGAGUGGACAGGUUGGAAAGAGUGGACAGGUUGGAAAGAGUGGACAGGUUGGAAAGAGUGGACAGGUUGGAAAGAGUGGACAGGUUGGAAAGAGUGGACAGGUUGGAAAGAGUGGACAGGUUGGAAAGAGUGGACAGGUUGGAAAGAGUGGACAGGUUGGAAAGAGUGGACAGGUUGGAAAGAGUGGACAGGUUGGAAAGAGUGGACAGGUUGGAAAGAGUGGACAGGUUGGAAAGAGUGGACAGGUUGGAAAGAGUGGACAGGUUGGAAAGAGUGGACAGGUUGGAAAGAGUGGACAGGUUGGAAAGAGUGGACAGGUUGGAAAGAGUGGACAGGUUGGAAAGAGUGGACAGGUUGGAAAGAGUGGACAGGUUGGAAAGAGUGGACAGGUUGGAAAGAGUGGACAGGUUGGAAAGAGUGGACAGGUUGGAAAUAGUGGACAGGUUGGAAAGAGUGGACAGGUUGGAAAGAGUGGACAGGUUGGAAAGAGUGGACAGGUUGGAAAGAGUGGACAGGUUGGAAAGAGUGGACAGGUUGGAAAGAGUGGACAGGUUGGAAAGAGUGGACAGGUUGGAAAGAGUGGACAGGCAGGCGGCGACUUUAGUAAUAAGGGCGCCUCCGGGAGCAGUCUACCCGUAGCGGCAGCGAGGCGUGGCGCUCACGCGACCCCGCCCGCCGCCAUUAGCGUAAUGACAGGAGAGGACAGGACAGGACAGGACAAGGGAGAGGGAGAGGCGCUGCAGGCCGUACCUGUUAACAGGUCGCCAGGUGAGACGCGCCACGUCACCAAACAGCCGGGUCUCGACCACCUCUCAGUCUGCCACAAGGCGGCGUUCCUAGCCUGUAGCUGCGGUGGGCUCAGGAAAUCUGAAUAA